CUGCUAAGUCCCUUAAAAUCUUUAGCUUCCCAAGUCUGUUANCCUCCAUGUCCUCCUGGCCUUCCUGUGUCUGCCUGUACUGAGUGAACAAACCUCGUUUUUUCCCUGCAGGGUGGAGAAGGAACNGACUUCUAUCANGUCCGAGCUCGUCUCGCCAUGCUGGAGAAGAACUACAAACUUGCUGAAAUGAUCUUCUUGGAACAGAAUGCUGUUGAGGAGGCCAUGGACAUGUACCAGGAGUUGCACCGCUGGGAGGAAUGCAUCGCUGUGGCUGAGGCCAAGGGACACCCAGCCCUGGAGAAGCUACGCAGAGACUACUAUCAAUGGUUAAUGGACACACAGCAAGAGGAACGAGCAGGUGAACUGCAGGAGAGCCAAGGGGAUGGGCUGGCAGCCAUCAGCCUCUACCUCAAAGCUGGGCUCCCUGCCAAAGCUGCGCGGCUGGUGCUGACCCGAGAGGAGCUGCUGGCCAACACAGAACUAGUAGAACACAUCACCACAGCCCUCAUCAAGGGAGAGCUCUAUGAAAGGGCAGGUGACCUCUUUGAGAAGAUUCGAAAUCCACAGCGGGCCCUUGAGUGCUACUGUAAAGGCAAUGCAUUCAUGAAAGCCGUUGAGCUGGCUCGACUGGCCUUCCCAGUGGAGGUGGUGAGGCUAGAAGAGGCCUGGGGGGACCACUUGGUACAGCAAAAGCAGCUGGAUGCGGCCAUCAACCACUAUAUUGAAGCCAGGUGCUCCAUCAAAGCAAUUGAGGCUGCCCUGGGUGCCCGCCAGUGGAAGAAGGCAAUUUAUAUAUUAGAUCUCCAGGAUCGAAACACUGCAUCUAAAUACUAUCCUCGUGUGGCUCAACACUAUGCGUCUCUGCAGGAGUAUGAGAUUGCCGAGGAGCUCUACACCAAAGGAGACCGGACGAAAGAUGCCAUAGACAUGUACACCCAGGCCGGCCGCUGGGAGCAAGCCCACAAGCUGGCCAUGAAAUGCAUGCGACCCGAGGACGUGUCCGUGCUUUACAUCACACAAGCCCAGGAGAUGGAGAAGCAGGGCAAGUACCGAGAGGCUGAGAGGCUGUACGUGACGGUGGAGGAGCCUGAUCUCGCCAUCACCAUGUUCAAAAAGCACAAGUUGUAUGACGACAUGAUUCGCCUGGUGGGGAAGCACCAUCCAGACCUCCUCAGUGACACACACCUUCACCUGGGCAAGGAGCUGGAGGCAGAAGGCCGACUGCAGGAGGCUGAGUAUCACUACCUUGAGGCCCAGGAAUGGAAGGCAACUGUGAACAUGUACCGCUCCAACGGGCUUUGGGAGGAGGCCUACAGGGUGGCCAAAGCCCAUGGAGGAGCCAAUGCCCACAAACACGUGGCCUAUCUGUGGGCCAAGAGCCUGGGAGGAGAGGCUGCAGUUAGACUGCUUAACAAGCUGGGACUUCUGGAGGCCGCCAUUGACCAUGCUGCUGACAACUGCUCCUUUGAGUUUGCCUUUGAACUCUCUCGGCUAGCCCUCAAGCACAAAACCCCAGAGAUUCAUCUCAAAUACGCCAUGUACCUGGAAGAUGAGGGCAAAUUUGAAGAGGCUGAAGCUGAAUUCAUCCGAGCUGGUAAACCCAAAGAGGCAGUCCUCAUGUUUGUCCACAACCAGGACUGGGAGGCAGCUCAGCGCGUGGCUGAGGCCCACGAUCCUGACAGCGUUGCUGAGGUACUUGUAGGUCAAGCCCGUGGCGCCUUGGAGGAGAAGGACUUUCAGAAGGCAGAAGGGUUACUACUUCGGGCCCAGAGACCAGGUCUGGCUCUCAAUUAUUAUAAGGAGGCUGGACUCUGGAGCGACGCUCUGAGAAUCUGCAAGGACUAUGUGCCUGGCCAGCUAGAGGCCCUACAGGAAGAGUAUGAGCGAGAAGCUACCAAGAAGGGAGGCAGAGGGGUGGAGGGACUUGUAGAGCAAGCACGGCAGUGGGAACAGGCUGGAGAGUAUAGCCGUGCAGUGGACUGCUACCUCAAAGUUCGCGACUCAGGAAGCAGUGGCCUGAUGGAGAAGUGCUGGAUGAAGGCGGCUGAACUGUCCAUCAAGUUCCUGCCUCCCCAGCGCAGUCUGGAAGUCGUCCGGGUUGUAGGGCCCCAGAUGAUUGGGAUUGGAAAGCACAGUGCUGCUGCAGAACUCUAUCUGAACCUGGACCUUGUCAAAGAAGCAAUCGAUGCUUUCAUUGAGGGUGAAGAGUGGAACAAGGCCAAGCGCGUGGCCAAAGAGCUAGAUCCCCGGUAUGAGGACUAUGUGGACCAGCACUAUAAGGAGUUCCUCAAGAACCAGGGCAAAGUGGAUUCGCUGGUGGGUGUGGACGUAGUAGCUGCCUUGGACCUGUAUGUGGAGCAGGGCCAGUGGGAUAAAUGCAUUGAAACAGCUACCAAGCAGAACUACAAGAUUCUGCACAAGUAUGUGGCUCUGUAUGCAACUCAUCUGAUCCGAGAAGGUGGCUAUGCCCAGGCACUGGCCCUCUACGUGCAACACGGAGCCCCUGCAAACCCACAGAAUUUCAACAUCUACAAAAGGAUCUUCACUGACAUGGUUAGCUCUCCUGGGACCAACAAUGCUGAGGCCUACCAUAGCUGGGCUGAUCUUCGGGAUGUCCUCUUCAACCUGUGUGAAAACCUGGUGAAGUCCAGCGAGGCAAACUCUGCAGCGCAUGAGGAGUUUGAGAUGAUGCUGCUGAUCUCUCAUUACUACGCUACACGAUCUGCAGCCCAGAGUAUCAAACAGCUGGAAACCGUAGCUGCCAGGCUUUCUGUUUCGCUCUUGCGCCACACCCAGUUACUCCCUGCAGACAAGGCCUUUUAUGAAGCAGGCACUGCUGCCAAGGAAGUUGGCUGGGAGAACAUGGCUUUCAUUUUCCUCAACCGAUUUUUGGAUCUGACUGAUGCAAUCGAAGAAGGGACCCUGGAUGCCCUGGACCAUUCAGAUUUUCAGGAUACGGACAUUCCCUUUGAGGUGCCACUCCCAGCCAAGCAGCACGUCCCGGAGGCCCAGAGAGAAGAGGUUCGAGACUGGGUGCUCACAGUCUCGAUGGACCAGAGGCUGGAGCAGGUUCUGCCCCGGGAUGAGCGAGGGGUCUAUGAGGCUUCCCUAGUUGCAGCGAGCACUGGAGUUCGGGCACUGCCCUGCCUCAUCACAGGUUACCCCAUUUUGAGGAACAAAAUUGAGUUUAAGCGGCCUGGGAAGGCUGCUAACAAAGACAACUGGAACAAGUUUCUUAUGGCCAUCAAGACCUCCCACAGCCCAGUGUGCCAGGACGUGCUCAAGUUCAUCAGCCAGUGGUGCGGCGGCCUCCCUAGCACCAGCUUUUCCUUCCAGUGAUUGCGCAGCCAGACGCUGACAUCUGUCCCUCAUUAAAGUUCUCUGAGUAGUGCA